CUGGUGUGGGGGCUCGGAGCGUCGUGGAGGGCGUUUCCAUGGAGCAGGGGAGGGGAUGACGUCGGCGACGUCGCCGUCGUCCCCUCGGAUCCGGGCGUCGCAUUUCUGUGUUCGCAGCCUGGCGUGUGCGCCCGGCCUCGGGCCUCGCGAGGCCUUGCUGAGCGGGCCUGGCUCGAGGAGUGCGGCCAAGGCUCCGGUCGUGUUUUUUCCGCGGUGCUACGAUGUCUUGCUCACGUCGGAUCUCGGGGUGGGCGCCGUCGUCGUCGGCGUCGUCGUUUCGGUGGUGUUUUUCUGGCUUUUUCUGGAGGUUGCCGUCGCCACGGCGGGGCGCAGCCCGAGGAGCUGGCCAGGCUGGAUGGACCCGCGACAGUUCUUCUUGGCAUGUUGGACGUGUCUUGGUCAGCGGCGGCGACGUUUGACGUCUUCCGGCCUGCGCCACGGCUGGUCUCAGGAUCCUGGCCAGGACGCGCUCCCAGAGAAGGCUGGUGGCCGAUUUUCGAGGUGUCCGUCGCUGUCGACGUCCGCUCUCUCCUCACCAGACCCUCGUCGUCACGAGUUUGUCACAGCGUGGACCCCCAGAGGUCUGGACCCCUUGAUGUUUCGUCCCAGGCAGUUGUUUGACGGUCACGAGGCCCGACGAGGGCUCCAAGAGGCAGAACAUCUCCAACACACAAGUCCGCCGUGAUUUUUUCGAGACUCGAGUGGGUCUUUAGAGCCCUCUUAUACACAUCCUCUUUCUGCCCAUCCCGGUGUGGCGGGCUGUCGCGGGCAUGAGCGUGGGCAUGCUGCUGCUGGCCGUGCGGCUUUUGCUCCUGGAGCAGAGAGUUGCCUUCGUGUCGUCCUCGGCCGCGCAACUGACCAGCGUCUGCGAGGCCCUCAGCCAGGUGCUGCUGUACCCCCUGGUCUGGCCCCACCAGUACAGCGUUAUGGUCCCCUCUUUAGAGUACCUCGAGGCGCCCUACCCCUUCCUGUUCGGGGCGCUGAGGCCGGAGCGGCCGUUCGACGAGGACGACGACGGCAAUUUGCCCGGACUGCUUGCGAACUGCUGCGGCUGGUUCCCAGAGGACCAAGGAGUCGCGCUGUUCGACUUGGAUGCCGGCGAGGCCCACGGCUUCUGCGAGGCGGACAGGCUACUCCCCGCCCUGCCCUACGAGGCGGAGGCGCGGCUCCGCCGCGGCCUGGCCGAGCUGCGCUCGGAGGCCGACGCGGCCUACGACGCGGCGCCGGCGCCGGGGCUGUUCGGCUGCGGCUGCGGGUCCGAUGAUGGCUUCGAUGCCGCCGUGCAGGGCGUCUUCGAGCGCUUCACUUCGGAGCUCCUCCGGGACGCUGCAGCGGCGCUCACGGAGGCGGCAGGCGGCGCUGCGGACUCGGAGGUCGAGGGCCCCAUGCGCGGAGACUCCAGGAGUUCCUGGGGCGGUGCUGACGGGGCGUUCUACGAGCUGUUCGGCCGAACGCAGGCGUUCGUGGACCACGUGAGGACGGUGCAGCUCUGCGGGGCGGGGCAGGCGCCCCCCGCGGAGGAGGGCGGCUCCGCGGCCGCGGCGGCCGGCGCAGCACAGGCUCCAGGCUACGCGCUGCCGCAGCUGGACGGCGCGCACCUGGAUUUCAGAGGACGAUAAAGGUGCCCAUGCCCGUCCCGCUCCGCGGCGAGCAUGCCUCCGGCGGCGAGGCUGGCGUGGGACGCCUGCCAGGAGAGUUCGUCGGCGGCCCGCCCUCGCCGUCGGGCCCGGCCACCGGCGGGGAGGCGGCCUGCACGGCCGCUGCGGCGCUGCUGCUGCGGCCGCCGGGCGAGGCCGGGGCCGCCUGCCAAAGUGCCCGCCGGCCUGCGCUGGAGCUGCACCUGUGCUUCCGCCC